UUCAAAAGUCUCGAGCGUCUUUUGUUGAGAUCGUCAAACUACUCUCGUCUUUAUUCUUUUCGGAGUCCUGAGUCUGACCUGCCUACCCCAAGCACCCUGCAAAGUGCAACCAGCGAUCCUCUGAAAGUCGAUCAACCCACGGCUGCAAACCCGUCGGUGAAUUUUGGGUUUCCUAUUCGCUUAUUUAUCCCUUAUCGUCUUCCUCUUAUUCUUAUUCUUCUUCUUCUUCACUUCCUCCGGAGUGAUUCCAAUUCUCCUUAUACGGACAUCUGCUUCUUUUCCUUCUUCCUCCUCUUCCACAAUUUUCGGUUUUUAGGUAUCGGAAGCCUUGGUUUACCAAGGAAAGGCCAUAUAAUUUGUGUCUUUUCUUCCGAUUGGCUGAGCCUGUGUGAUCUUUUGGAAUCCGGUGCUUUCCAUGGAAGUAGAUAGCAACAACCAAUGUGUGCCGUUGACGGAGGAAGAUGAGAUCGAUCUCCACCGCCGCCAUCCUCAAUUUCCUCCGGUUUCAAAGUCUCACAGCAAGACCAAUAACGGUAGUAGUAACAGCAGCAAUACUCUCACCUCGGCGAUUCACACCAGUAGCGUACAUGAGUUGCUUGAAUGCCCAGUGUGUGCGAAUUUCAUGUACCCUCCAAUUCAUCAGUGCCAGAAUGGGCAUACCCUCUGUUCCAUUUGUAAAACAAUGGUGCAUAACAGGUGUCCAACCUGCAGACAAGAGCUCGGCGAUAUCAGGUGUCUGGCAUUGGAGAAAUUAGCUGAAUCCCUUGAACUGCCAUGCAAGUACAAUUACCUUGGAUGUCUCGAGAUUUUUCCCUACUACAGCAAACUGAAGCACGAGUCACUCUGCAACUUCAGGCCAUACAACUGCCCAUAUGCUGGUUCAGAGUGUUCGAUUGUUGGAGAUAUCCCUUUCCUUGUUGCUCAUCUAAGGAAUGAUCACAAAGUUGAUAUGCACUCCGGGUCUACUUUCAACCAUCGUUAUGUGAAAUCCAACCCCCGAGAAGUUGAAAAUGCAACUUGGAUGUUAACUGUAUUUCAUUGCUUUGGCCAGUACUUCUGCCUCCAUGUUGAAGCUUUCCAGCUUGAAAUGGCACCUGUCUACAUGGCAUUCUUGCGAUUCAUGGGGGAUGAAACAGAAGCCAGGAAUUACAGCUACAGCCUAGAGGUGGGUGGGUAUGACCGGAAGCUCAUCUGGGAAGGCACUCCAAGAAGCAUAAGAGAUAGUCACAGGAAGGUUAGGGACAGCUUUGAUGGGCUGAUCAUUCAGAGAAACAUGGCACUGUUCUUCUCAGGGGGGGACAGGAAAGAACUAAAGCUGAGAGUUACUGGACGGAUAUGGAAAGAACAGCACAAUCCAGAAGGCAUGCCUAACCUCUCUGCUACUUAACUGGCGCACAGUGUUUUGGCUCACCGCUUGAUUCUCUUUUCUAAUGGAAGAUUGCUGGGGCAAGACUGGGCAAAAAAAUGAAUGUGGUGAGCCUCUAUCUCCAGUAGUGUGUAACCGUUUGUGUUCCUGAAGAAGCCUUGCAACGGCUUCUUUGUAUUGAUGAGUUAAGAAUGUUGUUAUGGAACCUACUGUAUAUCUUCCCAAAUGAAAGUUGAAACAUUGACAACUUCUUCAAGUUUACGCAUGUUACUGUUAUAUUGGCAACUCGUGAAGUUGAUCAAACUC